AUGUCGGAACUUCGCGGCUCUCCUCCUCUGUCGAGAGGUGGCCUGGACGGAGGCUUCGGAGCUCCGCUGGCGGCGCUGAGCUCGCUGGCGGAGGCACCGCCGCCGGCGCCCAACCCCCAUGGCAUCGAUCACAUUCUUUCACGACCGGCGGGCGGCGUGGGCGUGGGCCCGGCAGGCGCGGGCGUGGGCGCGGGACUUCUGGCGCCGCGUCUAUCGUUAGCGGCGGCGGCGGCGGGUAUGGCGCACUACCUGCAGCAUAAGCCGCUCUACUGGCCCGGCUUCCAGGGCCUAGUCUCCAACCCCAUGGCCUGGAGGGACCGCCUGCAAUCCAUGAGCAACGGCGCGCUGAGCGCAUGUGCGGCGCAGGGCGGACUGGACAAGGACGGCAAGAAGAAGCACACGCGGCCCACUUUCAGCGGGCAGCAGAUCUUCGCUCUGGAGAAGACCUUCGAGCAGACCAAGUAUCUGGCCGGCCCAGAACGCGCAAAGCUGGCAUACGCACUCGGCAUGACAGAGUCACAGGUUAAGGUUUGGUUCCAAAACAGAAGAACGAAAUGGAGGAAAAAGCACGCCGCGGAAAUGGCGACGGCGAAGCGCAAACAAGAGGAGCUGGGCGAGGAGUGUGAGGGGGAUGAGGGCGGCGACGGGGAGGGAUGCAGCGACGACGACGACCCCAAGCGGCCGCGCCUGGACCUGCUUCAUCACAUACACCACAGGCAGUGACAGAGCUCGCUGCCUGCGCCGCCACGCAGCGAUGUACAUCGAUUACACAAUAUCGAUACCAAAAUCGAUUACGAUAAUCGAUAUUAUACGAGAGUCCGCUCGAGCGAGCCUUGUGACCUGUCCUGGCCAGUGCGGAUGGCCAGCUGUGACAGCGGGGCCGACGUGCGCGAGAGAGACGCAACCGCGAGCGUCUCCAUAGACAGUGAACGUGACUUUAAUAACGAUACUAAUGAUGAUAGUCAACCGAUAAAUUACGCGUAUUACCAUUUUUAGCAAGCCUUCUUUUAUUCCGACGAAAGUUAUUCCUUUCAAUUGUCAA